AUGGAACCGUCUAUCGCCACCAAUUCGGCCCCGGCAGAGAAAAAGACCCGCAAACCUCGCCAACGUGGUAGAUCACGUCGCAGCAAUGUCAACGGUACCAAUAACUCCCUGAACAAUGCCACGCCUGAGCCGUCAGGAAGCAAAGAGGAGUCGAGGCGGAAAAGACCUCAGAAAAGAUCAAAAAACAAAACCGAUGAUCAAAGGUACGGCGAAGUCGUCAAGUUGAUCAAGAGGUACAUUCCCAUAACCGUCAAUGGGCUCGCUGUCUCUAGUAUUCUCCAUCCUAAGCCAUCUGCAACGGAAAGUACAGAACUGGAGAAGGUGCCACAGCCCAAGAAGCUCUCCAAGGCUGAAAAACUGGCCAUUAUCGCUGCACAUAUUCGCCGGGUCGUUGAAAAGGACCCCGAGCAACCAUUAUACCUUAGUUUCAUCUUGAUACCAUCCGACCCAGACUUUCCAUUUGAGUUAGAGCUGCUAAAUUUCAAUAUCACGAUUCCUGCAACGUACCCAAGGAAUCCGGCAACGUUGCCAUCCGUUUUAGUGCUAAAUACGGACAUCCCGCGUGGAUUUGCUGUCAAUAUAGAGCGCAUGUACGCAGAUAUUGCUCGUCUAGCUCUCGGUGGCGCUAUCGACAACCCAGAUCUCGAACUAGUCAACGGAAAGGGGCUUCUAUCACAGAUUCAGACCCUCGACAGAAACUUGGAACAUGCUUUGAAACAAGAGAAACGCGCCACUGUGAAAUUUGUUUCUUUUAGGCAAGCACACGCUUCGCCAAAGCCAUCGCCAUCACCUCUGCCUAUGCCAACCCCAACCUCUACACCUGCACCUGUGUCUCCAGCAACGGAGGCUUCGGGUUCAAAGAAGGAUGCGACUCGCGAGGCCAAGAAGGCGACGCCGCAGAGACUGAAGAAAGCGCAGGACGCUCGGGAUCUCGCAGUGGAGCGUAUGUGCGCCAAAUUAGCUUCACAAGUACGCUUGUUUCAUAGAUCAGCCACAGAGGAGCGUUACAAAGUUCAAGUUCCGGUUGGAAGCGGAAAGAUACCAAAGUUGUGGCGAUUCGAGAAUGACUCAGUAGACGUUUUUGUGUCUAUUCCAGGUGAGUUCCCAGAGAGUGAUGUGAAGGUCAACGUGGCUACCAAUUUCAGCAACAACAUGAUGGUGGCCAAGCGUACAAAGCUUGAGGCUGCUGGGUAUUCAUUGUUGAAAGUUGUGGAGGAAGCCCGGACGGCAGAGAAAAAUUUCCGGGCGAAUAUGGCAGAGUGGCUUGAGCAGGUGCCAGUAAAAAGUAAAGAAGGACCUCUUUUCUUUGUCACAUUGAUCAAUUGGAUGGCAAAUAACAUGCAAUGGCUCUUGCAACCUAAGAGCGACUACAUGGACUGGACCAGACUAACAAAAAGACUAGAGGCAAGCAUUUAG